CAAUGCCUUCCGUGCUGACUGAGCGAGUGCAGUUGAUAUGUCUCCCAACCAAAUUCGAAAUUUCUGACGAAAAUCUCCAGGAUGGAGUGCAAGGAUGGGUUGCCGGUUGGGGCUAUGACGGUUCGGAUCUUCUCACUGCUGUCCUGACAGAGGUUCAGCUCCCGGUGAUAUCCAAUCGCUUGUGUCGUCGGGACACCACAUUAUUCACACGGGACUCCAGCACCACUCGUACCCUCACCUCUAACAUGUUCUGCGCUGGUCAUUCUAGAAGCACUUCUCCUCAAGGU